UCUACUCCGAUGCAAUGUGGGCUUAUCUCGUAGCGCGUUAUCACGUUUUUAUUGGCUUCUCCACCGCGCGCUUAGGCUGUUUAGGCGGGGGCCUGUCGAGCGCCGUCGAGCAUAUCUGGAAGUGCGUGGCAAGAAGCGCGGUUCAAAAAAAAAAAACUAUAAAUAAGCUCCAUCGUACGAUGAGCCGCCGUCGCCAUUGGCGCUUCCAACAAUAUGCUAUCAAUUUAGAAAGGCCUUGAUGUCGCAUCGUACGAUUCGCGCGGGAUGCUGUCAGCGGAUCGUUUUCAACCGCCAGAACUUGGGACAGGAUCAAUCCGGAUUGGAUGCGUUAGGAAAACAACAUUAUUUUGCAGAAUUCCAAGUUAGCUUUACAAAUAUUCUUAUCAGUGCAGCCGAAAGCGAUGUGCGCCAGACGACGACGACGGGAAGUUUCCUUCUUGGUAGGACAGACGGAUCACGGCAAAACUGAGAGAAGACUAAAAAACAUAACAACAUGAAAAAAAUACAAAAACACGGGAGCGCCACUAUCACGCUUGGAAACCGCGAUAAUGGGGGCACACUUGUGUAUUCCCUAACUUGAAUCGCGCUCAAACACUACCCGAAACGGUCAAUCGUUUCCAAUCAGUCUUGGCCGAAACGCGUGGCGAGAAAGCUCUCAGCAAAAUUUAGAACGAGUGGUAAUUGUUCAAAAAAAAAAAAAAAUUUUGCGCUGUGAAAAAAGUUCCCUAGUCGAAACAGACUUGUGUUUAAUUGAGUGAAAACCAAAAUACUUUGGAAAUUUGAGUGCACUUCAGCCAAAAGGCUUUUUUUACAACCAAUAAAUCCUGUGGAUCGGUCCCAGGAUUUGUUCAUACUCUAACACAGAAAAGUGAAAAAGCUUGAAUCCGGAAAGAGCGGUGAAACGGAUCGAAAUGGGAACCGCGGGUACACUGGAACACCAAGCGUCCACACGGAAGAUGCUGAGCAGUCGAAACAGCAACGAUUCCGUCGAGAUGCAGAAGCGCUUCCGGCUGUCGGAGAAGUGGAUUGCGGUGCUGUUCACGGUUGUUGCAUCACUCGGGUAUCUAUCCAUAGGAUCAAUGGUGGCCUGGAGCAGCAACGCUUUCGUCAAGGUUCAGGGUACGGCAUCCGAGCGGAACGGAGAGCUUAGGCUGUUGGAAAAUGAAGAGUUCUCCCCCAACGAGAAGACUUCUCUGGCAGCUACUCCGGCCUUGACGGCGGCCGUCUGCUCGGUGGUGGUCUACAAACUGUACCCCCUGGCAGGGACGAAGCUGUUCAUGCUGACAGCGGCAGCGCUUAUGAUUGGGGCGAACUUUCUGCUGACGUUUGGUACAUCAUUCUGGUAUUUCUGCGCGGGACGCCUGAUGGCGGGUAUAUCCGCUGGCAUCAUCACCACCUUGGUCCCGCCCUACGUGGACGAAUUCGCCUCGAAGCAGUACAAACCACUGUUGGAUGCAAUCCUGUAUGUACAGUUCGCCUUUGGAAUCUUGAUCCAGCUGAUGUCAGAUCAAAUCCCCAUCACCAAGCUCGCCAGUCUGAUCGGAACUAUCUUCCCAGUCUUUCUGUUUAUCGGAUUUCUGUUCAUGCCGGAGUCCGCCCGGUACCUCGCUACCACCCAGCAGGUUAGUCGCGCUCGAAGCAUCCUCCGGAAGACCCACACGAACGAAGCUUUCUCCGCUCAGGUGAUGGAAAACAACCUAACCAAUUGGCAGCAGCCGCGAUUUGCAAACGUCAAUUUGCUGGAAUCACUCCGGAAACUUCAGAACACCCGCCUCGUCGUGCCCACCCUUGUGCUGGUAGUGUUUCAGCAAUUCGUGGGCGCUAUCCCGAUGAUGUUCAACCUGAGCGGUAUCUUCAACCUCACCGGGAGCCUGCUCUACCCGGAGUAUACGGCAAUCUGCGUGGCAGCUAUCUUCACGCUCAGUAUUCCGACCUAUCGGUUGUUGUGCGUUAAAAUUGGUGACUACAAACUGCUCGUGUGGAGUUCCCUGCUGAUGGCCGUGGCAAUGGGUGGUUUGGGGUGGCACUGUCACGUCCAGGGAAUCACCGGACACUCCGGUGAACACGAACACAUACCGCUGGUGUGCUUCGGAGUUUUCGUGUUUCUGUACGCAAUCGGCUUCCAGCAGGUGCCCUGGCGGUGGUUGGACACUAUCGUUGAGGAAGAGAACGCACUUCCCGUGCGCACCAUCGCCACCUGUCUGAGCUGGGUUUCCCUGUAUAUCUGUGUACGACUGUUGCCCUUCCUGUUCGGUAUGAUCGGUGCGGGAUGGUUGUUCUGGAAUAUUACGAUCAUCGCGCUUUUUGCUGUGUUAUUCGUACUGAUCGCCAUCCCAAAUCUGGAUCGGAGUGUGGUCGCAGGCAAAAGCUUGGUCGACUGCAGCGGUAGCAGUUCGUCGUCAUCGUCUUCCAAUUUGGGGACGGAAGAAAAUUUGGUUUAAAAAAACAGAUGAGAGUGUAACAACAUCUAACAGAAGACUGAGUGUGUGUUUACAAUAAUCCCAAUAUCAGCAUGGAGAGAAUUGGAUUGAUUGGUUUAUUUUUAAGAAUUAAAUUAUAUUAUUCUUGAUUAGCUAAUGAUGUCGCAUUAAGUUAGCAGCUACAGUUCGUAGAUUAAGAGUUCGCGAAAAUGAUUGUCUCAUUCGGUUUAAGUAAAUUUAUGUUUUUGUAACUAAAUCAA